CCAACUCGUGCACACUUCAGUAUCAUUCGAAUUGUCAUCACAAUGAGUUCUAUAAUCGACGCCGAAAGUAUUCUGAUGGAGAACGAGCAUUGGUCGCGACUGGACGAGGAAUGGGGCAUUCCUGUAGACCUGGAGGCAGACACAGAAGACGACUUCAAGCUACGACCAGUCUUCAGCUCUUUAGACCUGAUCGGAUCCACUUUCGAUUCUUCCGUCCUCUUGAAGAAGAUCAGAAAAAAGGUCGGCCGAAAAGUGUCGAAACGAUCUUCUUCUGUGCUGGACUACACCGAGUUUCUUGAUGACUUAAAGAAGAAUUGCAAUAUGGAGUCGUCGAAUAACUUUUACGUGGUGAACAGUGAGAUCAUUACUGCGGCUUCCGUUGAGAAGAUCUGUAAAGAGAUUGAUGACGUGUUCAAAUCGAUCGAGAAGUUAUCUUCAGCUACGAGCACUCUUAGAAAGGGACAGAAGUUUCCAGAAGUAGUUCAGUGCAGUAUUUCCAUAGACGACCUAUCUUUCGACGAUACUAAGAAGAGUUCUGUCUAUAACAGCGAGAUAGACAGACAUAUCGAGGAGGCGUUAGAUCAGUUUGGGUCCACCAUAUCUAGUAUUGAGAAGAUUGACCAGUCUACCCUGGCUUCCGUGACUGCCCUGGUCCAGAAGUUUAGUUCCGUGCUGAGGAGUCCAGUGGUGACCUACAAUUGGAGUCCAAAGAAGAAACGACAGUGUUGUGACAAGUUCAAAGAGUUGAUAGACUUUUGGAAUAAGCGUGCAGUUGAUGCUUAAUUAUUGUAAGUAGGUUUAGAGUCAUUCUGAUUAAUAUAAAUUAAUUUUAUUAUAAUUUUAAACUUCGGUUCGGUUUAUAUUACAUAUUCUGACAAAUAAAUUAUUUUAUG